AUUCUGUAAUAAAUUUAUUUACAAGGAACUUAUUAAAUCUGUAAAUAAAAGGUGUUCGAUAACAAUAAUGGUAUCCUUGUUAUUUUCAAUGACAUUUCAAAUUUAAUAUUUUACAAACCUUUGAAGAAGGAACUUUUUACUUAAUUUUUGGAAUGAGCAAUUAAAGUGCUUUCAAUUAGUGUAUCUUAAAUAUCUUAAGAAAACAUUUAAAAAUUCUAAAUGCAACAUUUAUGGAAUUGAACCAAUAGAGGUUAUGAAUUGUCAUCACAAUUAUCCGAAACGUCAAAUAGGUUAUUUAGUUGAGGAACCGUCAGUGUAUGUAUAUUAUGUAUAUUGUUUAAGUGACAAGUUAUGUUUUUACAUGCAAAGAACUGUUUACAGACAUUCUAUUAUAGUUUAUAGUAUUUUUACGUGAAUUAGUGUUUGAUUAGCAUAUUUCCUGUUUUUUCGAAUAGGAACUCUGAAUAAACAGCUAAGAAUUUGGACAAAAAAAGGCGAUGACACAGACGCCUGCAGUUGAAUGAAAGAAAGAAAAAAGGAGAAUAACAAGAAUAGGGUAAACGAAAUGUAUGAGCAAUGAACAAUAGAAAAAUAGUUCUAUGAAAAUCUUUUCAUUGAAAAAGUACACAAGUUCUAUGACUGCCAACAUUUGUUUGUGAUCAGAUUCAUUACAGGCUCUGAUCAAACGUUUUUAUUGUUAAAGAAAACAAAAUGCAUCACCAUCGUAGAAGAACAAAUAACUUUACAUAUGUUAGUUCAUGUGUCAAAUAUAUGAUUUUUAUGCUAAAUUUUGUUUUUUGGCUAUUUGGAGGGUUACUAAUAGGAGUUGGAUUUUAUGCAUUCGUUGAUAAAUGGCAAAUGACUGGUUCAGUCAGAGUAGAAAAUAUCUAUGAUAUAGUUUUGAAUAUAUCACUUGUCAUGAUUAUUGCUGGAGCAGUAGUUUUUAUAGUUAGUUUUGCAGGAUGUGUUGGAGCAUUGAGAGAAAAUACUUGCCUGCUUGAGUUCUAUUCCCUCUGUUUAUUAAUAUUUUUCCUUUUGGAAAUGGGAGUAGCUAUAGUAGGUUUUGUGUUUCCACACACACUACAGUCUUUGUUGGAAGAAUCAUUCACUGAUAAAAUUAUUCAGACUUAUCGAGAAGAUCCUGAUCUGCAAAAUUUUAUUGAUUUUGCACAAAAAGAAUUCAAGUGUUGUGGAUUAAGUCAAACUGGAUAUCAAGAUUGGGGUAAAAAUGAAUAUUUCAACUGCUCAAGUCCGAGUAGUGAAAGCUGUGGAGUACCAUUCUCUUGCUGUAUCAAUGCUACUAACAUUGCGAGUGGAUUAGUAAAUAACAUGUGUGGAAAUGGUGUACAAAAGGCUCCUGUAUCAGAAGCAAGUAAGAAAGUAUGGACAAGUGGCUGCAUUGAAAUAGUUAGGGCCUGGGCAGAACGUAACCUUUACACAAUUGCUGGAAUUGCUCUGGGUAUUGCAUUAAGUCAACUUUUUGUAAUCUAUCUGUCAAAGACUCUAGAAGGUCAGAUUGAGUUGCAAAAAUCACGAUGGCAUUCCUGAGCUUGACCUCAGGCUGCCUAUCGCUACCAGGUAUCUUCAUCCAGUAGCAGACAGGCAGUCAGUUCUCGAAAUAUUCGUGGCCAAGAAUUUGAAGCCAGUAUAAAUGCUCGAAUGGCUCUCCUUGUUUUGUUUGCAAUUUCUUUAUAUAUUCUUUGCAUACUAUCUUUGAUCAGACUUUUUAUUUACAUGAGAAAUUAUUUAAAUUCAUAUUUGACUUUUACUUAAUUUUAGCUUGACAAUCAAUUAUCAUUGAAUAUUUAAUUAGAUAUUUUUUUCAUUUCUCACUUCUCAUCAUUCCAAAUACUUGCUUUUUUCUUGUCAAUAAAGACUGCUGUAUACAUUCAGCAUAUAUUUCUUUUAUCUCUUGCAUAGUUGUAUCAAGCAGUUAAGUAUCUAGUUUCAAAAUUUUAGCUUUUUAAUUAAGAAAUUGAUAUAAUUUCCAACAAAUAAUACUCGAAUGUCAAAUUAUUUUUUGACAUUUAAUAUAAACUUAUUUUGUAAUAUGUAUUAUAAGCAUUUGGAUAUUGUCCAAUUUAUAUAGUUAAUUUUUUACUUCUGUAUGACAUAUAAUAAAUGAACGUUAUUUAAUUCAUUUUUAACUCUUAGAUACAAUUAUAAUAUGAGACAUAAACUUUUAUUUGAGUCAGAUAUUGAAAAUUUGAUGCAAAUAUUUACAGAUUAUACAAAAUUUAUGAAGUAGUACAAUUGGUGAAACAUUGAAAGUUGUAAGAUAAUAUCGAAUCUCAAUCUUGUAAGAACUGAUUCAAAAAUUUGUGCAUACAAAAAUAGUACUAGUAAUAACAUUAUAAACGUAACAAAAAAAUCUAUAACAAAACAUUGCUGUAAUACUCUCCUAUUUUGCUUGAAUUUUUGUAAAUUAAAGACUGUAAGUACAUUUGAUGUAAGCAAUGUCUGUCGGCACGUUUACGAAGCUAACGAAAAGCAUUAGUUAAUCAUUUGAAAAAUAUUGAUUGACUGAUUUCUAAUAGACACUGUUUUUGUCGAGUGUACUUUUCAAAUCAUCGAUACAUAAUAUUUCUUAACAUUAUAAAGAUAAUAAUAAUCACAUCAUUCAACUUUUAUGUAAGAUGAAAAAAAUGCGCACAUUAUGAAAAUAGUGAUCAUUUUGUGUUGUUGUAUGAAAUAUAAUUUUGACCAAUAAAUAAAAUGUAUACACUUGC